AUGAACGAGGGGCGAGUACGCUCUGAUGCCUUAGCAGCCGAUAACGGAAGGUUAGCGGAGAAGUUAAAAGAGCUCGGGGAAGAAUACGAGUCCCGAAUGAAUGCCAUCCAACUACAGUACAAAGAGAAAGACAACUACUGGCAAGAGUAUAACAAGGCCAAAGACAUCGAAAUCAAACUUCUCAAAACCAAGCUCGAAGCUGCUGAAAUUCUUGCGCAGAAAUCUGCUCUGGAAAAAGAAGAGUUGACAAGAACGUUUGUUGAGGGCACGGCUCGAAUAGGAGGCGCUUUAGAGAAUGAAAAAGCUCUUCGAGAAGAGGUCAAGCGGUAUGCAGGACGAUACGAGGAAAUCACAAAAAGUCUUGCUGAAAGCAAUGCAGCAUUUGACAAAUUCAAAAAAGAAAUUGAUAGGGUAUGUUGCUGGCGAAUUUUUCAUCUACAUUGA